UAAUGUGAAUGCUCUCAUUCCCAUGUUAUGCAUUCCCUGCGGUAGCAUGGGACCUCUUUCACACUAGCCGUUUCUUUUAGCCCUGCAUUUUAACUGUACUAUUGUCUAACAGGUGGCUGAUGUCGCUCUACCCUUUUACAUAUUAUCCCUGGAGUUAUUAUAUGCUUCCUUUCCUUUGCAUGAGCACUUCUUGCACUGCUUUCCUCCUCAUUUAUGUGAUUGCAAAAUAUGUGAGAGAUCAGAGGAGACGAAGAAAAGCCAGACUAUCCCGGGACCAUCUUAAGAAGCUGCCCAUCAAGAAAUUCAAGAAAGGUGAUGAAUAUGAUAUAUGUGCCAUCUGCCUUGAUGACUAUGAAGAAGGCCAAAAGCUACGCAUCCUGCCGUGCAACCAUGCGUAUCACUGCAAAUGCAUCGAUCCAUGGCUUACAAAUAACCGUCGCACCUGCCCCAUCUGCAAGCGCAAGGUCAUCCCUCCCGGCAUGGUCGACUCUGACGAGGAAUCCGACUCCGACGCCGAUGGCUCCCCAAACGAGAACACCCCCCUCCUCUCUGGUGGCUCGCAGUCGGAUAACCUGAUGGAGCGUGGCGCGGUUGGUGGGGUAGCAGAGACGGCGACACCGCCCCCGUCCCCGAUGACAUCCACAGAAGGCGAUGACUACCCGCCCAUCGAAACUCUGAUCAACGUGGACUCUGAUUCCGAUUCUUCGGGAAGCUUCCCCUUGGAGGAAGCCAGAGGAAACAUCCAGGACCCUUCGAAUGUCCUCAGCGUAACUGUGCACUCAGAGAAUGAGAUAGACCCCAGCACGAGCAGUGCUCCCAAAGUCUGAAAAUCCUAAAAUCGAGCAGUGCUAUCAAAGUCUGAAAUCCUCAAAUGUGGGAUGCUUUUAAAUCAAAGGAAUGAACUACUUGAAUCAUCACCAUCUUGAAAUUGAAAGAGAACCUUGAUGAAUGAGGACAACAGACUGGUUAGUAACUUAAUUAAUUGAAUGCACAAGUACGAAGGUGGAUCUAUAGAGAAUUUAUAUACAAUUUUCAUCUUACAUCGUCGUCAUCACAGAAAGUCGUGACUUAUGCCAGUUUAUGGUUCAUCACCUUAUCUGCACCCUCCACCCAUUCUGGGCAACCAGCAGACCGUUUCAUAAAGCUGUUCGUAAGUUAAGAGCGACUUUAAGAACGACUGGUAAACCUUUCUUACGUGCUAAUAAACCAUCGCCAACGAGAAUUUUGGUGUAUACAAUUUACCACAAGAAAGGAUCACCAGUCGUUCUUGAAGUUACUCUUAACUUGCGAACAGCUUUAUGAAACACCCACCAGAUGCCAUGUAAUGGUGACAAAACAUGCAUUGCUUCAUUUCAGCAUAAGAGGAAACACUUGAUUGUCAAAGAUAUCACGAAGAUGCAAUGUGUACAUGUACCUUGCAGACUUUAUAACAAUAGCAUUCUCAGGGCCCUGCAGCAUAACCUAUAUACAAUCAAUUAAUUGCAGCUGUUAGUCUGCGACGGACCAUGUACAAACAGUUGAAGUCAGUUGUGAAUAUAUUUGUAUCUGUGUUACAGGGCCCAGUUGUCACAGUUCUCGUUGAUUGAUUAUUCAGUGCACUUGUCAUUGAAGUAGUGAACUAUGAAAAAGCAUUCAAUUGUAUUUGAAUAUGUGUGAUUCCUAUCAAAUUUUGGGUCUAGUUAUUGACUUUUUGAGAGUUCCAUGAACUAUUUUACCACUCAAACUGUCAUUAAUUAUUAUAUUUGUUGAUUGAUAUUGAUGUUUGAUAAUCUGAACGGGUGAUUGGUCCAAUCCCCAUCGCGUGUCAAGAUAAUUCCUAACAGCAUAACGAAAUUGGGUAGAAAUGCCAUGAAUCCUGACAUCUGACGUCACCAGCCCAGAAUAGUGCCCGAAUCGUAAAGCAACAUAAAUUAUUUACUUUAUCGAUUGUUAAUGAAUUCUCUCUCAAAUUCCUUAGUGUUAUUCACAGUACAUUUCCUAUCUGUUGUUAAUACCAAUGACUGAUAUAAACCGAAUAAGUAUGUACAUGGCUUCCGAUUCCGGAGGUUUGGUGAAACUAAGGUCCCCUCAGUGGCACAAAUGCAACCGUUUCCUUCAGAGCUGCGCCCCUCGGGAAAAUAGUUCACGUUCCGGCGUCACUUCAGGCAUCACUUUGUGUACCUUAGUUCCUACCCCCUCCUCUGGCCGCCGUAUACACUUGUUCACUAGCCCUGACAUCCUUUGCUAAUUAUCACAAAUUGAUCUUUUUUAUGGAAUCACCCAUUGGUUUGAUAAUAAUAAUGUAAAGAGUUGCAGCGGCACUCGAAAGCUCGUGAACUUGUAAGCUAGUGAACACUUUUUGUGAGAGUGAUCACGAAUUUCCUUGUUGACCAUAGUAGAUUGCGAGACAAAUGAAUACCCUCUAGCGAUUAUUUCAUUCCGCAAUAAUGAACCUAUUUAGUAUUAAUAAUAAUGUAGUUCUAUAUAGCGCAUUUCAGACCUGUUAAGACUCUCAGUGCAUUUUACAGAAGUAAUAUGGUUUAUGGUUUUCUUCUGGCUACAUAGAGCUCCUUUUAAAAUGGAACAUUCCCCCUGUGGACGUUUGGUAAGGCACAAAAUUGCUUGAAAAAAGAGCAUGCAAAAAGACUAGGUGAUCUUACACCUUGUGUUUCAUUUUUACAUUAGUCUUCUGUAUAAAUGUAUAAUGUACUAUGUACAUGUAUAAGCUACUUUCAGACUGUACGAUGAACAUAAUUUAAUGUUCAGUAUUGUUGAACGAACUGCUUUAUUAUCAGAUGAGAAAAGUUAUACAUGUAUAUUUGAUUUCUGCCUUUUGCAUUACGAUCCACAAUACAUGCAUAUAUACAUGUAGAUAUACUAUCUUCACCUUAUUAUCAUGAAAUAUAUAGAUUGGCACAGUAGGCCUACGUGAAUUAUAUAAGCUCAUUUUCUAGAUGCAGAAUGAUACUGAUAUGCAAGAGGAAAUGAGAGGGCUAAAGUACCAUUUUUUUUGCUUAUUAGGAACUCAAAAAAGUUUUGGCUUUUUUGUGGGGUGGGGGUGUAUACGUGAGUGAUAACUGGGCAUUAGCAAUGACUUUGAUUUCCGAUACAUUGAUGUAAUGGGAUGACGAACCCACAUUUUUAUGAAGAUCUAGGUUCUGCAGCUGCUUCUAAUGCUGAUGAUUGUAAAAAUAAAAUACAAUGGUGCAGUCAUGAAAAUUUUGAUAGUAAUAUAGUUAGUGUAAUUAUGACUCAAAUCAUGGAGAUGAUUAGAGUAAAAGUACAAAGUAAUGAUUAUAAUAAUAUUAAUAAUUGAAAAAAGUCAAUGUUGAUUGUUCUAAUGAUACUGAUCAUAAUAGAAAUAAAGGGUACUUGUUUUGCAUUUUUGUCUGCAUGACUAGGCUCGCUUUAUACCCCAUUCAUCAUCAACCAUUUAAUUUCAAUUGCCACUGUGGCUCCAUUCCAUAGCAUAGCAUUUUAAGAAAUCACAUGUGAGCUUUAACACUCAUAUUUUCGAUAAAAAGGGAUUAUGAAACAACAAUUCUCAUUGGCUACUGCUCAGCGUUUUCAACAAAGUGUGCAUGCAAUGAUGAUAUUGAUUGGCCAUUGCAAGUUUUGUGAUUGAUUGGUAUGAAGGCUUACGCUUUGCGUAGCAUAUGCUUAUCUUAUACUGUAUGUAUGUCCUCUGUUUUUCCACCACGAGCAGGUGUAUCAGAAUAUGUGAACUAAUGCCUUGCCAAAGGACUGGGUGCUAUAGCAGGAGAGUGAUUCACCAUCAGCUAAAAUCAAUUUCUAAGAAUCAAUUAUAUGAAAUUUCAUUGGUCUACAGGUCCUUGAAAUUGAUUUAAGUGAUUAAUGAAUCACCACCCUCAGGACUCUUAAAAAAUGUGAGCCGUAAAAUCAAAAGUCCAGGGGCUAGUAUCACAGAGCCGAACAAUUGAUAAUACUGUAGGAGUGGAUGUUUUCACUGUUGACUGCAAUGAUAGUUAAUCAAUCUCUAAGUAUUGUGUAAAAUGUGUCAUUAGACCUCCGCACCCAUCGUCAUCAACAAGAAGACUAUUGAAAUUACAUGUGUGUUGAUAUAUUUUUGUAAAGCAUUUUUUAUUGUGUGAUACGUGUUUUCUCAAAUAUUACUACACCGUUGGAGGAAAUUAUCAGUACGACCCUUCAAAUACCAUUGAUUUAUUUAAAUUGCAGUUAAACCAAAUAAACCAAUCCCUGUUGGUCCCAGUUCACAAAGGUUGUUUUGAAUCUGUGAUCUGAAACCAGGGUUUAUGUAGAUUUCAUGCUUUAAUUACGCCUAAAUUAGUGAUACUUUCUUCCAAUGAUGCUUGUAGGACUAGGCCUGUUUAUCGAUCAAUGGAAAUAUACUGUAUGGUCCACACCAUCAGCUUCAAGUAGUUUCAUGUGGCAAGACAGAGAAUUCAUUACUGAUACCCGAUGUUGUACACAAACACAGCAUCGUCAAGCCUGUUCUUUAAAGGACAAGUUCACCCCAACAAAAAGUUGGUUUUAAUAAAAAGAAAAAUCCAACAAGCAUAACACUGAAAAUUUCAUUAAAAUCGGAUGUAAAACAAGAAAGUUAUGACAUUUUAAAAUUUCGCUUAAUUUCACAAAACAGUUAUAUGCACAUCCUGGUCAGUAUGCAAAUGAGGGGACUGAUGACAUCACUCACUCACAAUUUCCUUUGUAUUUUAUUAUAUGAAAUAUGAAAUAUUCUAAUUUUCUCCUCAUUGUCUUGUGAAACAAAGUUAUUCCUCCCUGAACAUGUGGCAUUACCAUUGUUAUAAUAUUUCAUGGUUCAGUUAAGUUGGUCCUUGAUGUCAAAUUGGUAAAAAUUGAAAUAUUGUGAUGGACACCAUCGACUCUCUCAUUUGCAUGUCACUGAGUCGUGCAUAUACAUGUAACUGUUUUGUGAAAAAUAAGCGAUACUUUAAAAUGUCAUAACUUUCUUGUUAUACAUCCGAUUUUGAUCAAAUUUUCAGCAUUAUGCUUGUUUAAUUUUUCUCUAUUCAAAUCAACAUUUUUCUGGGGUGGACUUGACCUUUAAAGAAUUUACCGAAGGUGCUGAGACCACGUUUUCUGGUAGACUGUUCCAAGAACUUGUUACCUGAUUUAAGAAAGAGAACAGUAAUGGAGGCAUGCUUUUUUUUAACACGGCGCUAAAUUCGCACUUGUUACUAGGAUUCGAGCAGUAAUGAGCCUACGGUCAUGAAUUAAUGAGCUCACUGUUUAUAUGUAAAUUAAUUUAAAUAAACAAUUGGAUCAUUGUUGCUGAAACCAUAGUAACAAGUGUGAUUGUGACAGAAGUGUGCUUUCAUUAUUUAACUCUCUCAUAUGCACUCUAAAUUUUAAGCAAAUUUAAUGCAGUAUUACCUUAGCUAUGGCUUCAGACCACAGACACAAAACUGCCUUUGUGACUCCAAGGCUUUCAGUCCAUCUUUAUUCAUUAAAUAAGGAGUAUAGUACUAAGUGCCUAGUGAUGUUUACCGAUUGUACAAUAGCGAUUACUUUUGUUUUUUUCUUUUGCUUGUUAUAUUUACUUGCUUACAUUAAGAAUGUUUAUAUGACCAUAUAUUUGAUAUGAAUUUGAAGAACAUGUUUAACCAUCCGCCUGAAAAAUGUAUGCAUGACUUUACGAACCUCUGGAAUGUAAAAUGGCAACAAGUGAGUGCGGAAUUUUCGCCUACAGUGAGUAGUCUGCUGUGCAAACCUCUUGCUCGAGAAUGGAAACGGCAAGUUUUAAAUAUGCUAUUUUGGGUGAAGACCCACUUGAUCAAAGUUUCAAUCAGGUUCUGUGCCUGCAGACUAUGCAGUGAGUGUCAUGAAUUAUGAGCAUACAUGUGCUUUCAUACAAGUAAUUUCAUCCUGACAUGUAUUGUGGCAAAUAUUAUACAUUGCACUAUACUUUUUUGUAAUCAGUGACAAAUGCUAAAUCUCGAUUGCUCUUAACUCGAUGUAUCACUGAGAACCUUGUUAGCUUGUCAUACUCCAGUUGUUUAUAAAGUCUCUGUGAAAAAGGCUCUGGAGCCUCCAUGCUCAUGUGAAAUAUAGGUCCAGGGGACCGUUUCAUCAACAUUUUUGUCUGGCAAGUUGUCAGAUCUGACAUCUUUCCUUGAUUCUGAUUGGCUGAGAGGCACUGUUACUAUAGUAACUGUCGGAUCAAAUGGGACUUGUCGGAUAAAACGUCCGACAAGUCCUUUCAUGAAACGCUCCCCUGGUGGAUGGUUUCUCUAAAUUUACUGUAUACAUCUUCAAUGGUUUCAUGACAUUUGCUCCGGCGACAAUUGCUCCGAUGGAAAGUCUACACGUUAAACAUGAAAUCUAACCUCCAAUCCGAAUAAACCCUAAUCCUCAUCUUUACAUUAUUCUGAACCAAACACUCUAUUACAAUCCCAACUCUAACCCUAUGCCCUCUGAGAUAUUAAGACCGGAGCAAAUGUCGCAGGAGCAAAUGAUGUGUCAUCAUCUGUACAGUAUGUCUACAGUGAAAAAAAUGAUUUUAUUUUUGUGUACUUGUAUAUUAUGGAUUGGAACUGUGUGUAAUAUUUAAAAAAGAUAUUGAAUUGGAUUUAAUCGAGUUGUGCAUAUCACCUAUAUCGACCCAAGAUGACUUUAUUUUCCGAGCUGUAAACAGAGGUGAUGUGUGUUCUCUGAAGGUUUUCAUGUUGGAGAAUGAAUCAAUAACAGUGUGUAGGUCUCUGGACAUGUGCAGUUAGUUACAUUGAUGUCAGGGGUCCGUCUUACAAAGAGAUACGAUUGAUCUGAUCAACAUCAACUAUGGAAAGCCAGCAACACCAACAUCUAAAACGCAUAUUAGUUCAAAAUGUUUUCUAGAAAUUGUGUAUGUAUAUAUAUAUAUAUAUAUAUAUAUAUAUAUAAUUGUUGUCUGGACAACGAGUAUACUCCUUGGUUACAACAAGACAUUUUGCAAAUUUCCUGUAGGAAAAAUUAUGACAUUGAUGGAUUUCCAUAGAGUUGAAGUUGAUGAGAUUAAUCACAACUUUUUGUUAGACGGGGCCCUAGAAUUGUCUGGUACCUAUUAAUUUAGCAAAUGCACACACCGUCACAGAGAAAUACAUUUACACGUUUAUGUGCAAUUGAUACACAGAGGGAAAGAUAUAAGUGAUAUGGAUCUUGUGAAUCACAUUAUAAAUGUACAGCUAGAUUUGCUGAUUUUGCCUUGAGAUGGACUGGCUAAAAUUUUAUUUAAAUAAUAUAUAUAUUUGAUUACAGCAAAUGAGUAAUAUUGAGUUCAUGUACCCAGUUAUUUACAUAAUUAUGUGCUUGUAUUGAUAUUCGAUUUAUUGAUAUUGAGAAUAGUUAAAAGAAGGCUCCUGUUUCGGGGAAGAUGAGCACAAUUUAUUUUCAUGCUUUUUUAAUAGAAUAUAAGAAGAAAAUUGUUGACGGCAGACGAUUGUGUAUCAGAUGCUCUAGCAUCAAUAAUAUGUCGGAAAGCAGCUGAAAUGUUUUGGCAGAAAGUUUUGUUUGUAGUACAUGUAACUCACAGCUAAAUUGCAUUGUUUCUUUUUUCAUUUUAAGUGAUUGCAAUUUAUACCGAUCACUUUGACACACUUUCUUACACAAUACAAUCUUAUUACUGGAACUUAAUUAGAGAUCUCUAAAGGAGAAACUGUUGGGAUGUGAACAAUACUUCAAAAUGAACAAGAAACAAAGAUUCAUUUGAUUGACAGAUGCAAUGGUUAUAUGAAGUGAAAUGUAGCCCUUGUAGAGAGAAAGCGAGAAUGUUUUUUUUCAACUCAUUCUUCACAAGGAGUCAUAUUUAUGAUGUCUGAUCAAUGUAUUUUAUUUUAAGAGAGCAUAUGUGAUGUUUAUGGAAGUUACAUGUAACACUCACUGAAUCUGUCAUACAUAAAUAACUUUAUGGUAAGAAAUGCCAAUUUUGUCUAGAUGAGAAUUUGAAUGAACUUGGCAAAGCAGAAAGAUUUGACUGAUCAGAGUGUAGUUUAUUUUGUGAGAAAAACAUACUCAUAAAAGGCUAAGCAACAACAAAAUAUGAAAUUGGCAAGCUAUUAAAUAAACCAGCAUUUUGUACAGCAAUGGUUUCCCCUCUUUUUUUUAAUAUACUUGAUUAAAUUGAAAAAAAAAUCAACAAUUGCGUAAUGAAUUAGUUUCAAAUGUCAGAUUAUGGCAAUGUUCUUGUCUUUCUUUUUCCCCCUCCUAUUUUAAAGACAGUUUAUACACACCAGACAUAUUGAAUUAUUUUUUUUUUAAAGUUGCAGGAUUGCACUGCCGUUUAUGAAAUUUACAUUAUUUGUUUUAUAAGUUAGUAUUGAUGAACAACAUAACUCAUAUUUUCUACAUUAUAUGCAAUGGUAUUAUGUACUCUUGUGGUAAGUCCACUUCUAACUGUAUCAAGGAAUGUAAUCCUAUCAUUUCACAGAUGUACAAAUAAAGAAAAUCAUAAAAAGUA